AUGCACAUGGAACCAAAAGUUGACUCGGCCUCCUGCCCGGAAGGAGGUCUCAUCGGAAACCUCGUGGUAGCAGGCAGUUUCAGCGCCAUUAUGGGAGGACUAGGUCUGAUGAACAGUAUCGGAAUAUACCAGGCCUGGAUCUCAACACAUCAACUAUCCAACAUUAGCGAAGGGCAAAUCGGGUGGAUCUUCGGUAUCUACAACUUUCUCGUCUUCUUCUGCGGUAUCCAAAUUGGUCCGAUCUUCGACAUCAAGGGCCCGAGAUUACUGAUGUGGAUUGGGUCUAGCCUGCUGGUGCUUACCUUCGUUCUCAUGGGCUUUUGCACAGAAUACUGGCAUUUCCUAAUUGUGAUUGGUAUAAUCGGCGGAAUGGGAACAUCAUUCAUCUUCAUUGUACCAGUAGCCAGCAUCGGGCACUUUUUCUUCAAACGUCGAGGCGCAGCAACUGGUCUAGCGCUGGCUGGUGGAAGUAUCGGCGGCGUGAUUUUCCCUCUGGUCUUGCAGAACCUUGCUCCACGGAUAGGCUUUGCGUGGGCCAGUCGUGUCGUCGGUCUCAUAACCCUCAUUCUCCUGAUUCCUGGACUGAUAUUUGUCCGAGCAAACUUCCCACCCUCCAAGGCUCCUGCUGUCCCAUCUCUGAAGGUCUUCCUCCCUGACCUGACCAUUCUCAAAGAUCCCGUUCUUGCCCUGACCACCAUCGGUGUUUUCUUCAUUGAGUGGGGAUUCUUCAUUCCGCUCGAGUAUAUUGCCUCAUACUCAAUUGCAAGUGGAAUAUCUCCCCGCAUGUCAUAUCUGAUGGUUGUUUUCUUGAACGCGGGGUCUUUCCCCGGUCGAUGGCUUCCGGGCAUCGUCGCCGAUCGCAUUGGUCGGUUCAAUACACUGAUUUUGACAAACAUUCUUUGUUUGAUCUCUGUCUUGGCCAUUUGGAUGCCUGCAAAUGGAAACAUUGUUGCUGUGAUAAUCUUCUCCGUUGUCUUUGGAUUUGGCAGCGGCAGCAACAUCAGCCUUGUUCCUGUCUGCGUGGGGGAAUUGUGUCCCGUCGAAAACUACGGGCGAUACUAUACAACCGUGUAUACCAUUGUUAGCUUUGGGGCAUUGACUGGAGUUCCCAUCGCGGGAGAAAUCAUCCAUCGCUGCGAGGGGGCAUAUUGGGGACUGAUCUCGUUUGCAGGCUGCUCAUAUGCCGCUGGAUUGAUAUGUUUUAUUGCGGUCAAGUUCAUGCAGAAUAAAAGGACCAAAGUGGGAGUAAAGGCCCAGGCGGAGGAAAAAACAGAGGUGCCGGGUGUUUAG